AUGUCGUUUCUCACCUCGCUCAAAAACAAGGCGCUGGAGCUGUUUGAGCCGGAAACCUCGUCCGGCGUCAUCCAGACCGCCGCCGAUACAGCGCAAUUUUCCGACUACAAACGCCGACUCAACAAGGACGAAAAGUUCCGGCUUCAAUUUAGUCUGCCGGACUCGCAGAAGCUGCUGGCGGAUAUCAGCGUCGAGGUUGCGCUUCAGAACGCAGAAAACCCGCCCGUCAACCCGGGCCAGGCGGCCCGCUCGGAAUCUCUCAUUGAGUUCUCCAACGUCAUCUACCAGGGCAAGCUGUACCUGUCGGACUCGUUUUUGUGCUUCACAGCCACCGACGCGCGUCAAUGCUCGUUUGCGCUGCCCCUGCUGACGGUCAAACGGGUCGAGCGACUCCCGCUCAAGUCGUACCUCUUUGCGCUGUCCAUCAAGACAUACAACGGCCUGACGCUCGUCAUCCAGUUCAUCGGCAUCAAGUCCGCCUGCGACCGCUUUUCGCUCGCCCUCAAGGCCCAAUUGGGCAAGAACCUUGCCAAGAUCAAGUCUCUCAAGCCCUUCCUCGCCACCCUGUACUCGGAGUACUUGUUGAACGUAAUUUCUUCCGGCCAAAAGGGCGACGCUCCCCCUCCACCACUGGGAGGUCUCGGACAGGUGUUCCGAUACCCCGGAGACGCCAAAAAGCUGCGGGAUAAGUCCAAGAUGCGCCUGUGGCUCGAGUACUUCCAGACGCAUGGACGCAACCUGACUUUGGUGAGACAACAGACCUUCUACAAACUCAUCCGAGUGGGUCUGCCCAACCGACUGAGAGGCGAAAUUUGGGAACUCACGUCGGGGUCGUUGUACCUGCGUCUCGCCCACCAGAGCAUGUACAACGACCUGCUUGAGGAGUACGAAGGAAAAACUUCUCAGGCCACAGAAGAGAUUGAAAAGGAUCUCAAUCGAUCUCUGCCGGAGUACUCAGCUUACCAAGACGAGGAGGGUAUCGCCAGACUGAGACGCGUCCUCACAGUGUACUCCUGGAAGAACCCCGAUGUUGGAUACUGUCAGGCCAUGAACAUUGUCAUUGCCGCCUUUCUAAUCUACAUGUCUGAAGAGCAGGCCUUUUGGUGUCUGAAUGUCCUCUGCGACAAAAUGCUCCCCGGAUACUACUCAAAGAGCAUGUACGGCACGUUGCUUGAUCAGAAGGUGUUUGAGUCUCUGGUCGAGAAGACUAUGCCUCUUCUGUGGGACCAUCUUCAGCGAUGCGACGUGCAACUGUCGGUCGUCUCUCUGCCGUGGUUCCUUUCAAUUUUCAUCAAUUCCAUGCCUCUGGUGUUUGCCUUCAGAAUCAUUGAUGUAUUCUUCCUUGAGGGACCCAAGCUUUUGUUCCAGGUGGCUCUGGCUAUUCUUCGAAUCAACGGAGAGCGGCUUCUUGAAGCUGAUGACGAUGGACUUAUGAUUGGAAUCAUCAAGGAAUACUUUUUGACACUUGAUCAGUCAGCUCACCCAACUUCAAAAAACGAGAAGCUCAGAUCAAUCACAAAGUUCCAAGAGUUGAUGGUUGUCGCUAUGAAGGAGUUCUCUGUCAUCACUGAGCCUCUGAUCACCGAGCAGCGGGCCAAGUAUCAGGACCGGGUGCUGGAAGACAUUGAAAUCUUUGCCAAACGAACUUCCAUCCGAAACCUUCACAAGACCAAGAACUUGUCUCAGGAUGAUCUGUCAGUCCUCUACGACAGAUACCACACUUACCGAGAAAUGAAUCUGGAAAACUACCAGAACUUCCUCUCGUCGGUGGUCUGUUGGACAGAACCUCAGGAACUUUCUAUUGACGGUACACCCGACUUUUUGCGGCGUCUAUACACCCGCUGGGACGCCGAUAUGAAGGGCACUUUGUCUCUUCAGAAUGUUGUCACUGGAAUUGACGCUCUGAAGCAGUCCGAUCUCAUGGGUCUGAUGACGUACUUCUUUGAGCUGUACGACGACGAUGGAGACGGCCAGAUCGAUAGAGAGGGUAUUCUGAGCAUGUCCGAGGGUUUGCUGUUCCUGACAAAGGCCUGGAGAGAAGGUACAGUGUACACUGAUGGAGCUCCCAUUCUUGAUCAGAUAUCGCUUGUGGAACUUGACCGAAGAGAGCAGGAACGCCAGGAACUCCUGCAGCAGGAGGAGAUUCGUCUGGCCGAGGAGAUGGAAGCUCUCCGUCUCGAGGCUGAGCAGCAGAAGCUGGCUGAAGAGAACACUUCAGAAGCUAUUUUUGACACUCCUGACACCGAUGAGGACGAUGCCAAGAGCACCAAGAGUUCCAAGAGUGCCAAGAGCGUGUCUUCUCGAUCGAUCAAAUCAACUAUCGGCUCAAUUGGAGCCGCUGGAGGUGCUGUGAGCGGAGCUGCAAUUGGAGCUGUUCGAGGAGCUGUCAGACGAAAGUCGUUUAAGGAUAUUGGCGAUCCUAUGCAGGAACGGCAAAAGGUGGCUCAUGAGCAGAACGUGCGGUAUUUGUCUGCCGUUUCUGCCUUCAUUCAGCGUGCUUUUGAAUAUGCCAACGAGGCCAAAAAGGAGGCCGACAAGGAGGCUGCUGGGGACAAGGGUAAGGAUUCUGAGGACUCUGUAGAGGCUCACAAUGCAGCUCUUGACCCUAGCAAACCCCUGUUCAUCGAUCUGCCCACUUUCCGAAUGGUGGUUCUGGCCGAUGAGACGCUCGAGACGCUGUUUGCCGUGUCUCUUCCUCAGAGUGUCAUUCUGCGACAGUCUGAUGCCGAUAGACACAAGCGAGCGUCUCUGCGAGACGUGUUUGACGGUUUGGUGGCGGAUGGAAUGCGCGUUGCAGGCGAGGUGCGAAAGAGAAUCGACAUUGAUAAGAGUGUCAAUGACUCGGAGGAUAUUGGAGAGGUGGUGAGUGGUAAGGAUCGGGAUGUGUUGGAUGAGGCAAUCUAG